AUGAACAGUAUUUCAGAUCAUAUGUAUAGGAUGUCUAUCCUCGUGAUGUGCACGGCUGAUUCCCGGCUGGACGUGUCCAAGUGUGUUAUGAUGGCCUUGGUUCACGACCUUGCCGAGGCGCAAGUGGGGGACAUCUCUCCUCGGGAGGGGAUUCCAAAAGCCGAGAAACGUAGACUCGAAGCGGAAGCAAUUCAUAACUUCGUUCACGAAAUGCUUCACGACAGCCCCGCCGCCCAGCGGAUGUGCGCGCUCUGGCAGGAGUACGAAGAAGGCACCUCCGCUGAAGCGCGUUUCGUGAAAGGUCCAGACCUCCAGGGAUUCUUCGACAGCAGCAUACCGCACCUCCGGCAUCCGGAGGUGCAACAGUGGGGGCGUGAUCUCAUGUGCCGGAUCAGCAGAAUCUCAUAG